UUAUCGUUAGGGUUUCCGAAUCCAUGCGAUUAUUUGAUUUCAAGAAGGCUGUCGUUCAACUUGGCAGCAGUCGUUGUAGUUUUUGUUAUCCUUCAAGUGACUUCUAUGAUUGGACUUGCGAUUGAACGAACUAUUGCCACAAUACGAUAUGAAAAUUAUGAGAAAGAACGAACAAAAUCAUUCCCAACAAUAAUCAUCACACUACAGCUCAUUGUGGCGAUUUCGAUACCUUUCGGAUGUCUGAUGCCCGGAAUCGAUUGGAGCAUACCGGCAACCGGCCAUACGUUAAUAACGAACGCAAAUUUAACUAAAAAUCAGCUGUUCGCUAUUUCAUUCAUUAUUAUGGAACUGGUAUUAACCAUUUAUGUCUACUCAUUACUUUACAUAAAUUACUUGCGCCGAAAACGAAUCCGUAAUUGGAACAGUCAAUCGGGUCUUUCAACUCGAUACCAAAUCGAUGAGAAUAUACGCAGCAUAAAAGUCAUCAUACCGUUGGUAUCAUUGCAGUUUUUAUUCAACUUCGCCACUGGUAUUAUGGUGUUCGUCUUCGUUGUUAUGAAGGAUGAUGUGAGUGUCGUUAUGUNCAACAUUUUGGAACGUCUGAACGGUGUGUUAACGUUAUAUCCGAUUGCGCUGCUGAUUCUGCUCUCCAGAAAGGACGCAUCACUGAACAAAAAAGUUCUGCUAUGUCAUCACAAAUCAGUCGCACCAACACCCACCCCAGACGAUACCAACAAAAAACCAUGUUCUUUCUCUGCUCCCAAGUUCGUGAUUGUUGAGAACACAGACAGGCGUUUCGAUCAGCUUAAAACCAUUUUUGAAGGACCACAAAAGUAA